AAUUUUAAUAUUAAACGAUAAUUUUUAAAGGAACAUGUGAGAGAUAUAAAAUGGUCGCUUGAAAAUAUGAGAACUUUCGUCGAUAAGCAAGCUGGGAAACCAAUAAAAGCCGUUAUCGAACACGUCCGAGAUGGUUCAACUGUGCGGGCUUUCCUUUUACCCGAUUUCUACCACAUUACCCUGAUGAUAUCGGGAAUUCGUUGCAACGGUUUCAAAUUAGACGCGAACGGAAAACCAGAUCCAAACGAAAAACUCCCAUUCGCCGACGAAGCUCGUUACUUCGUCGAAAUUCGUCUUUUACAACGCGAUGUCGAGAUUAUUCUAGAAUCCGUUAACAAUAACAAUUUUGUUGGUACGAUUGUACACCCAAAAGGAAAUAUCGCCGAGGCUUUAUUAAAAGAGGGACUCGCUCGUUGCGUCGAUUGGUCAAUUGCUUUUAUGAAAUCUGGAGCUGAUAAAUUACGUUNUGCUAACGAUGAAGAUGGAAAACCUGUAGCUAGACCAAAAGGUUUCCGUCCGUUAUAUGAUAUCCCGUGGAUGUUUGAAGCGAGGGAAUUCCUCCGAAAAAAAUUGGUUGACAAAAAAGUUCAAGUAGUCGUUGAUUACAUUCAAGAAGCUAAAGAUAAUUUCCCCGAAAAAGUGUGUGCUACCGUCACGAUUGGUGGAUCUAAUGUAGCCGAAGCGUUAGUUUCUAAAGGAUUAGCAACCGUGGUUAAAUAUCGACAAGAUGAUGAUCAACGUAGUUCUCAUUACGACGAUUUGAUGGCCGCCGAAACUAAAGCGAACAAAUCCCAAAAAGGGAUUCAUGACAAAAAGAACGUCCCCGUUCACCGAGUUAUCGAAAUCGACGCCGCAAAAUCAAAACAAUACCUUUCCUCGUUUAAACGCCAAAAUCGUAUUGACGCCAUCGUUGAAUUUGUCGCAAGCGGGUCACGUUUGAGACUUUACAUCCCGAAAGAAACUUGCCUUUGUACGUUCCUUUUGGGUGGGAUUAGUUGUCCGCGUGGUGCUCGCCCCGCCGUUGGGGGAAUCCCCGCAAGCGCUUCCGAACCGUUCGGUGAUGAAGCUUUGGCUUUUACAAAAGAUCGUUGUAUGCAACGUGAGGUGCAAAUCCAAAUCGAAUCCACCGAUAAAGCUGGGAACUUUAUCGGUUGGUUAUGGGUUGAUAAUAAUAAUUUAUCGGUCGCUUUGGUCGAAGAAGGUUUCGCAACGGUUCACCCAACAGCCGAUAGGUCGGAGUAUUUUAAACAAUUAAAACGAGCCGAGGAUAGUGCUAAACAAAGGAAAUUGAAGAGAUGGAAGGAUUAUGUUGAGGAAAAAGAGGACGAACAACAAAAAAUUGAAGAAGAUAAUGCG